CCAGGGGAAGGGGGAAAAAAACCAAAACACCUCCGUAACACCGAGGAUCCGAUCAGCCUGUAAACAACUGUGCAGGAAGGUGUGACAUCCCAGACAACUUCCCAGCGUCGAGCCUGCAAACCCGGAGGCUUCCAGCAAACCGUCGCUCACCUGUCCGGUAGACAGGCCGUCUCAAUGCAUCACAGAGCCGCGAAAACACCGAGGAGAACAUGGAUGUAUACGAUCUGUUUAGCAGCUGCAGAAAGGGCGACCUUUUUAGAAUCAACCCUGCAGCCUUUGGAGCCAUCCUGCAGUAUUUCUACACAGGAGGAAUGGAUAUCGAUAUAAGCCUUGUGGAGGAGUGCAGACGAAUUGCUAAACAGUGCAAGAUGACAGAUUUCAUAGAGGAGCUGGAGAAUAAAUGUAAACAUGUGUAUGACUUUGUGUCCAACAAGCCAGGAAUCUGUGUGAAAGUCCUGACUGUGGAGCCUCAGAGCUGUCAGCUUCAGGAGGAGAUGGCUCAGUUAGCAGACUGUGCUCUGCCCACUGAACUAAGAGUUGGAUUUGGAGAACUUCCCUUCAACAGAGUCGACCACUUCCCUACGUAUCCUGACAUCUGCUUCAGAGUGGAUGGUUACAAUUUCUUGUGUCAUAAGGUGUUUUUCUCCGGGCGGAGUGACUACUUUAAAGCCUUACUGCAGGAUCACUUCAGUGAGGGAGAGCAGUUGCCGUCGCUGCCCAGCACUCCAGUGAUCACUUUACACAACAUUUCCAAUGAAGUCUUUAUCCAUGUCAUGUAUUACAUCUACAGUAAUACCACAGAGCUGACGACGGAGAACGCGUUGGACGUGCUGUGUGUGGCGGACAUGUAUCUGCUGACGGGGCUGAAGCGUCUGUGUGGGAAGACGCUCGGUAUGACUAUGUGUGAAGACAACGUCCUGUACUUGUGGAAGACGGCCAAGCUUUUCCGUCUCUCCCGUCUGGAGGAUCAAUGCACUGAGUUCAUGGCCAGGAUCAUUGAGCGGCUAGUGGAGCAGCCUGAGUUUGCCGAGAUCAUCAUAGAGGACGCCGCAUCGCUGGAUGAACGUCACGAGACCGACUCCGUCCCCUUGGUGGAUGAAAUUCGCUACCACAUUACAAGCAAUGUACAGACGUACAGCGCCAUCGAGGAGGCCAAUCAGAAGCUGGAGGCCUUAGAGGAACUGCUGUCCAGCAUUAAUAUUGACUGCUGAACAGUAGGCAGGCUGUGGUUGCAUCUGCAGCGAGGAACAAAAAGAAUUGGAUGAAAAGAAAACAUAUGCUUCUGCAUGUUUGGAGGUUUUAUUUCAUUUACAGUAUAUUUUACAGAGUAUAUAUUUUGGUGGUAGCUGGUUGUGAUGUGUAGGGGCAGAUUUGUAUGUCGGCUGUUUUAAGUUUGUUUAAGAUUUACCAUGUGUGGGGAAAUACAUUAGGUACAGAGUAUCAUAUUAAUUUGUUUGCAAGUUUUGAGGAAGUGGUUUAUUAUAUAUUUACAACGGAUUAUCAUUGUAUAGCACAUGCAUGAAUUUACUUUCAUUUGUAGCUGCUAGAACAGCAGCUUAUUUAGCAUUUUUAAAAUAUGGUUUGGCCCUAAUGAAUUUCAGCACCGGCGCUUAUAGUGAAGUCAGUAAUUUUAGUUUGACAGUAACUGAAAGCAGAAUGAGUCCACGCCAUGCACUGGCUCACACUUGAGAACUAUUGGUUACUAGGUCAAACCCUAGAACAUGGCUGGACUCUGUGUAGUCGGUUGAGGACGAUGUUGAAAACUUUUGUGAAGCUGCAGCUCUGUUUUUUUUUACUAAGGGAGCCGGCAGGAUGAAGUCUGUUCAUGGACAUUCUGGGAUGUUGUGUUGGACUGUGGUCCCGUCAGAAGAAGUAUGCGUUGACUUCAUUUAUCCAGAAAAUAUUUUAAAUUUGAGCUUUUAUUUUCAAGUUGCAUAGAAUAUGGUUUUAUGAUGUACUUCCUGCACAGCAGCAGUGAAGAUGAACUGCAGCUUUUAUUUUGUGUUCGAUUGGAUUUAGUGGCUUUAGUUCACUUCACUAUUCAAUCAAUAACAUUCCUCAAGCGUGAACACACAAUACAUUAUCCCCCCCACAUAUUCUGGCACUUUGUGUACAUUUGAUGAAUAAUGAAUCUAUUUCUUGAAGCAUACAGUGUGUCAAGAAAAUUAUGCUGUAGCUAUUUGCAUGUUUAGAUUUACCAUCGACACAGCAAAAAUAUUUAAAGGUCUGUUUUGAAAACGUCCUGAUGUGCCUGCUGUUAGAAAAAUGGAUAAAUAACAGCUUCUGGUUUUGGUAAAUAAACUUGGUACAGUGAGCA